AAAUGUCUUUAGUUGCUUACGCGGCCAGCAGUGAUGAGGAUUCUGACCAUUCCGAAGAAGAAGAAGUUUCCUCUUCCCACACUAAAACCAAAGGACGAGUUGUAUCGGUGACACCUGUGGUCAAUGGUAAUCUCGGCACAGGCACAAUAAGCGACGACGAAGAUGAUUAUGCGCCAACCGAAUAUACAGCAAUUUCAAAAAGUAAAAUAUCUCAAAGUCUUUUAUUGCCCCAACCAAAAAAUAUAAUUGAAGUUAAAGCACCAGAAGAAGAGUUCGACCUAACGCCAAUUUUUGCAAAACUUCCAUUACCCAAAAACACCGUUGAAAAUAAUGCAACUAUCGAAGAAGAAGACGAUGAAUUUUUACAUAAAAAGGCGGUAGCACCGUCUGAAGAAGUUAAACCUAAACCUGUGCAUGUGGCACCCAGUAAAGGUCCUGUUAAAAUUACAAUUCCAUCAUUGAAAGAUUUUAGUGACGUUGAAAAAGAUAUUGCUAGAAAAGGGAAAAUCAAACAAUUACCCGAAGGACAGAAAAAGUCUAGUUUAUUAAGCAUGCUACCACAAGCGAAGUCAGAGCAGAAUUUUGCUAAGGCUGCUCCUAGCAUCGCGUCAAAUGAUAUUACACCUCAGGUGAAAAAAACUCCAUCACUUACAAACAACCCAUUUAUUCCGGAUGCUGUAAAAACUCGACGUCCCGCAUGUAACACCGAAGGUGUUGAUGGUAUAAAAAAACCAAUAAAGAAGCACAAACCCACCGAUAAAGCAAAAAUAUCUUUGGUCAACUGCAGUGACAGUGACGACAGUGGCGAUGAACCCGGUGAUUUCUUCUCCCUCAAUUCCGAAGACAAACUACCGGAAGUUAGCAUUAACGAAAUUAAUGCUAUGGUCGCGGAACGUGCUGUUAAAAUGGCAAACGUAACGACAGAAUUCUUAAGAAAGUUUUCAGAAAACAAACAGUCUGGGGAAGAAAAUGUAGAAGUAGAAAACGAGAGGCGUUUGGCAGAAAAACGAACUGAGCAGCCUGUUUUGGAUAAGACUGCUUUGCAAGCACUGACAGGCACUAGUUCCAAACGAAGAAAAAGAGAAGAAAACAUACAGGUUGUGGAUAUCUCAAGCGCCGAAGUACUACCAAGCAGAGAAGAAUGGAUGCGUACAGCUUUAGCGUCUUCUACUGCCUACCAACCAACUGGUGUUUUAGUUGAUGAAGAACCGGUAGCUGGUACUAGGCGAAAACAUCAAAUCACCUAUCUGGCACACAAAGCGAAAGCCAACGAAGCUGAAUUACAAGCAAUGUGGUCUGCGAAUCGUCAAACUCGGAAGGCAACCCAAAGCAAAUACGGGUUUUAGAAUGUAUUCUUUAAUUCUUAACUAUAUUUAGUACAUAAAUGUGUUAAUUUACAUUUUUUAAACAAAUAGAUUGUAUAAAAAUAAA